AUGGUUUUAGAGCAAAAAGAUCUACCGAAACUCAACUUGUUGACUUGUUCUUACGAUUCAGUCCAAAAUGGUGAAACUUUGCACGCUGCAGUGCUGGACUUUUCAAAAGCAUUUGAUAAAGUCCCACAUCAACGACUUCUUAAGAAACUGAACUACUAUGGAAUUGCCGGAAAUUUCCCUCUCUGGUUCGAGUCCUUCCUUGUUGGUCGAUAUCAGUCAGUUGUCUGUGAAGGAAAAAUAUCACCCUCAAGGACGGUGAAUUCUGGGAGUGGGGACGAGGAAAUUGUAUACAUGGAUAUUUGUUGA